UAGGAUUGCCAGGGGCUUGUCUUCCGGGCCGCCCUGGGCCCAGAAACUUCUCUAACCUACUUCCCAGAGGAUUUUUGGCCCUUCCACCACCUGCAAGAACGAGAGGAAGGUCAGAGAGCCCACGGCCAGAGAAACCAGCCGGGAGCUGCAGAGAGUCUCUGUCCUUCCUGGGAAGUCAUCUUGCUUAGUUGUCUGUGUUGACACACAGGAGCUGAGGCAGAUGGACAGUUGUGAAUGAGCCUGUGGAUGUGACAGUUAUUUGCUGAGUGUGCCUGCUAUGGGCCAGGUAUGCCAACCCUGGCAGACAAGAUCCUCACACUCGCAAAACUCAUGUUCUUGAAGAGAGACAAGCAGUAAAGAAGCAAAAAGAAAUAUAUCCAGUGGUGGUCCGUGAUCAAGUUCUCACUCUGAUCCUCAGUUUUAUCUUCUGUGAGAUGGUGACAGUCAACUGAUGCCAGGGUUCUUGUUCACCAAGUCAAAGAAUGAACUUCGCAAACACUCAAGACACUGCAGUUGAUGUCCCAGGGGGGAGGCCAUUUGCUUACAUCUUGCAGGCCAGCAGUGGAGGAGCCAGCCUUCCAGCCAGGCCCAUGGACCCCAUGGUAUACAUUCCUUCUGCUGGUAUCAAGAGAUAUGGAUGCAGAGAGAGAAACUCUACAGAGCACCGCCUGUCCUGAAGUGCAGACCUUCUGCCAGAAGCACGGCCUGAUGUUUGAGGUCGUUGAUCUGAGGUGGGGUAUUCGGAACACAGAGGCCACUGACCACAUGACCACGGAACUCUGCUUGGAAGAGCUUGACCGGUGUCGCAAAACAUCCAUAGGGCCAGCUUUUGUUGCCCUUGUAGGUGACCAGUACGGACCCUGUCCAGUCCCCACGCUGAUCGAAGAAAAGGAGUGGGAGGCACUGAGAGCCCAGCUGACUUACAGACCACAGGACCUAGAGCUGGUGGCUCGACGCUUUCGCAGGGACGAGAACGCAGUGCCCCCUGCCUACCUGCUGCAGGCCCCUGGUGCUGGGGAGCCCCACGGACCCGAGGAGGCCACCUUGACCUCUGUGCUGCGCUCCGGAGCUCAGGAGGCCUGGAGGCUGGGCCUCAUCACCCAGGAGCAGUGGCACCGCUACCACCGGUCAGUCAUCGAGUGGGAGAUACAACGGGGCCUGCUGAGCCCAGCAGGUGGGCACCAAGGAGCUACUGUUUUCCUGAGAGAGAUCCAAGACCUCAACAAACACAUCCUGGAAGACUGUGCCCUCAAGAUGGUGGACCGGCUUGCAGACGGCUGCCUGGACACAGAUGCCCAGAACCUUCUCAGCAGCCUCAAGGGGCGCAUCGCUGACACACAGCCUGGAGUUCUCAAGGCCCACCAUCUGCCGUGGAGCCAAGACCUGGUGAACCCCAAGAAUAAGGCUCAUGCCCGGUACCUGAAGGAGCUUGGGGAGCAGUUUGUGGCCAGGGCCAACCACCAGGUCCUUGAGCACCUCCGGGAGCUGGAGGUGGGCAGGCAGGAGUUGGCCUGGCUCUACCAAGACAUCCGCCACCACCUGGGGCUGAGUGCUGAGGCCACCCGAACCUUUUGUGGUCGCCAGGAGCUCCUGGCACAGCUGGGGCAGCAGCUCCGACAGAGCGACAGCCACCCCCACAUGCCCCUGGUGCUUUUUGGUCCCCCAGGCAUCGGAAAGACAGCUCUGAUGUGCAAGCUGGCCGAGCAAAUGCCGGGGCUGCUUGGCCGCAAGACAGUGACCGUCCUGAGGCUCCUGGGAACGUCACAGAUGAGCUCUGAUGCCCGAGGUCUGCUCCAGAGUGUCUGCUUCCAGGUGUGCCUGGCCUAUGGGCUGCCCCUGCCCCCUUCCCAGGUCCUGGAGGCCCACUCCAGGCUGGUCCAGUUUUUCCACAUCCUCCUGCAUACUGUCUCCUGUCGAAACUUUGAGUCCCUCGUGAUCCUGCUGGAUUCCCUGGAUGAUGUGGCUGCCAUCUGCCGUGCACGGAGGGUCCCCUGGCUUCCUCCCCUGUGCCCUCCGAGGGUCCACCUUAUCCUCUCGGCCUGCUCAGGGCAGCAGGUUUUGGACACUGUGCGGCGGACGCUCCAGGACCCCAAGGCCUACUGGGAGUUGAGACCCCUUUCUGGAAGCCAAGGACAGGAAAUGAUUCAGCUCCUGCUGGCAGCCUCCAGGAGGACACUGAGCCCGGUGCAGAGGGACCUGCUCUGGGCCAGCCUCCCAGAGUGUGGGCACCCGGGCCGACUAAGGCUGGCUUUUGAGGAGGCCCGGAAAUGGGCCUCGUUCACUGUGCCCACCCCUCUGGCCUCCUCUGCCAAGGAAGCCAUGCACCAGCUGUGUGCCCGCCUGGAGCAAACACACGGGCAGCUCCUGGUGGCCUGCGUGCUGGGCUACAUCGCCUCUUCCCGGCAGGGACUCUCAGAGGCAGAGCUGAAGGAUGUCCUGUCGUUAGAUGAUGAGGUCCUGCAGUCCGUGUACCGGGACUGGACACCUCCCAGCAAAGAACUGCUGCGUUUCCCGCCCCUGCUGUGGGUGAGGCUGCGUCGUGAUCUGGGUAAUUAUUUGGCCAGGCGGCCUGUGGAUGGCUUCACGCUCCUGGCCAUCGCCCACAGACAGCUGGCCGAGGUGGUCCAAGAGCGCUACCUGUCUGGGCCCAACAGAGCCAAGAGACAUGGCAUCCUGGCCGACUACUUCUUGGGGGCCUGGAGCCAGGGCACCAAGAAACUCAUCACCCUGCCACUUGUGGGGAAGCCCCUGAACCUGGACCGUAAGGUGGCCCCUCAGCCCCUGUGGUUCUCAGACACUGUUGCAAACCUGAGGAAACUGAAGGAGUUGCCCCAUCACCUGCUCCACUCGGGCCGCAUUGAGGAGCUGAAGCAAGAGGUUCUGGGCAGCAUGAACUGGAUUUCCUGCCGGGGCAUUUCCGGGGGCAUCGAGGGCCUGUUGGAUGACUUUGACCUGUGGGCCCCUCACGUGGACUGUCCCGAGGUUGGCCUUGUCCGGGAAGCCCUGCAGCUGUGCCGCCCAGCCGUGGAGCUCCGGGGCAUGGAGAAGAGCAUCCUGUAUACAGAGCUCCUGGCCAGACUGCAUUUCUUCGCCAUCUCACAUCCAGCACUGGUGGGACAGCUGUGCCAAGAGGCCCAGAGCUGGUUCCGGGUGUGCCCAUAUCCUGUGCUGGUGCCGCUUGGAGGAUUCCUCCAGCCCCCAGGAGGACCCCUCCGGGCAACCCUCACCGGCUGUCACAAGGGCAUCACCGCCAUGGCAUGGAGCCUGGAAGAGAAGCUGCUAGUGGUUGGUACCCAGGAUGGCACCAUGGCCGUAUGGGACAUGGAAGAGCAGCAGGUGAUCCACAUCCUACCUGGCCACACAGGAGAGGUGAGGUAUGUGAAAGUUUUUGCCAAGGGGACACUCGCCAUCUCUGCUUCAAAGGACCAUACACUGCGUUUGUGGAACUUACUCUCUGGCCAGGAGAAAUUCAACAUUUGGGAUGGAGGCUCCACAGGGCUCACUGAACCUCAGAUCUGGAGCCUUCACGUGGAUGAGACAAAGAAGGUGGUGUAUUCAGCAUCUGGCUCAAAGGUUUCCUCCGAAGGAGACAGCCUGCUGGAGAAGCUUCCAGAAGCUGUGCGGUUCCUGGCGCUCUCUGAGGACGGGUCUCUUCUUGCCGCAGGCUUUGGAAGAUCCGUGCGCAUAUACUUGGCCGACUCACAGGGGUUUCACCGAUUCAUGGCCACUGACCUUGAACAUGAGGACACCGUGGAGACAGCCGUGUUUGGUCCUGAGAACAAUCUGAUUGUCACAGGGUCCCGGGACGCACUCAUUCAGGUGUGGAGUCUGUCGGAGCAAGGUACCCUGCUGGACAUCCUGGAGGGUGUCGGGGCCCCUGUGAGCCUGCUGGUCCAGGGUGGGGCCCUGGUGGCAUCUGCUUCCCAGCAGUCCUCGUCUUUUAAAGUCUGGGAUCUCACCUAUGCUCAGCAGCCACGGGCCUCUACCCCAUUUCUGCACCGCACUGGCCUCACUGCAGUGUCCCACAACGGAAGCUACGUGUACUUCCCCAAAAUUGGGGACAAAAACAAAGUCACCAUCUGGGACUUGGCAGAAGGUGAGGAACAAGAUGCCGUGGACAUGCCCAGUGAGGUCAGGUGUCUGGAGGUUGCCCAGCAAGCCAAUCUCCUUUUCACUGGCCUCAUUUCGGGGGUUGUCCUGGUGUUCCCCCUGAAUUCCAGACAGGACGUGCUGUGCAUCCCCCCUCCAGAGGCCCGGAAAGCCAUCAACUGCAUGGCCCUUAGCAAGGGCGAGGAGCACCUGGCCAUUGCUUAUGACAGCAUUGUCCUCGUGCUGGACAUCAGCCCUGGGGAACCCUGUCCGGUCAUUGAUGGGCCAACAUACACCUUCUAUACUCAGCUGCCCGCAACCAUAUCCAGCGUGGCUGUUCUGGCUGACUCCCGCGUGAUCUAUGGCAUGACCAGUGGCGACCUCUUCCUUUACGAGUGCGCAAAUUCCAAAGUGUUCCCUCUGGAGGCCCAUGGGAGCCAGGUCACCUGCGUGGAGGUCAGCCACAAGGAGCAGCUGGCAGUCAGUGGGUCCGAGGAAUCUCUGCUGUGUCUCUGGGACUUAGAGGCGUGCAAGUGGAAAUUUGAGAUGAACUACACGAGCUCUUACUGUCAAGGUGUCCAGUGUAUCUGCUUCUCCAAGGAUGACAAGUACGUGUACGCGGGCUUGAAGGAUCGCUCCAUAAUCGUCUGGAGUGUGCUGGACGGCACCCUGCUGGCUGUCCAGUUCGUCCAUGCCAUGGUGGACAGAAUCAUCCCGACGUCUAAUGGCUUCAUUGCCCCCACGAGACAUGGCUAUCUCAUCCGUGAGCGUUUCCAGUGCCCUUCCUCAAGAGCCUCACAGCAGGACCCUCUCAAGAACUUCAAGAAAGCAGUGUGGAUGGUCAAAGCCAGGCACAGAGAAGAGGUGGCUGCGGCUGCAGGAGCCCUGCAGGAUUCAAGAUCAGGGAGUGCCCAGGGAAAUAAGUCCAAAUCAAACAAACGCUCACAAGUCUGCCUGCUAGUAUAGAAACCCCUUGGUGGGGGGUGGGGGUGGGGCUGGGAUUCCAGUGAGUGGAAAUGGAACUGAGCAUUCCCGUGAGUUGAAUGGAGCUUCAUUCAAUUUGCCUAAAGCAAAGGAAAUGUAUGUGUUGAUGUAUACCUGGACCCAAAGUCACAGAUCAUAUGACCCAGACCCAUCUUUCCAUUCUUCUCUCCUCCUCGUUGGCUCUGUUGACAGACCUGUAACCCCCAGGUUAGCAAGAUAGCAGCCAAGUUCAUGAGAAAAGAUCUUUAACCAGCAGUUUGAAUCAAAGUCCUGACCCCAAUUCUACUGGCUUCAGUUGACUAGGACAGAACCACUGCUCCUGGGAGAAUGCAGCAUUGUGAUUGGCUGACCUGACCCAGUGUGAAAUUGGAAUCAACAUCGCCCCCCCACCC